AUGGGUCUUCCCAUCCCUACCACCCCCUAUUUUGUCCCCCCUUCCUUACUCUCCCCUCUCUUCGCCUCCCCACAAUGCUUCUGUCAAGUGCAACACGGCACCGGUGGUGGUGUGAUAACACAUGCACACACAAAUAGAGUGGUACUGACAGUGGCAGCUAUUUCCGCUGUGCUGCCCUUUGCGCAAGGAGGCGGGCGGACGGGUGAACGGACGGACCAGUACGUUACUCAAAUGAUAAUUAAAGUUGAAGGCGAUGUUUUCAAAAAGGUCAAAAUUGAGAUCUACCGCCUUAACAUCGAGGUGACUGAUCAACCAACGGUGUUGGAGAGAAGAAGGCAGUUUUGGCCACGUGUUUCAAAAAUGACCUAUGGCGGGCAAUCGGUUCUCCAGACCUUCCGCCAUCCUAAGAAAAAUCAAACUCUUAAUUUCAGGACUCUUUUCCGUGAAAAAGUAGCCCUUACAACAGGCUGCAGUAGCGUGGCAAAGGAUUGUCCCAAUGUGCAAGGCAUGGCUAAGCCCUAA